GAUCCAUCAGUUACACAGGUGACAAGAAAUGUUCCACCAGGACUUGAUGAAUAUAAUCCAUUCUCGGAUUCUAGAACACCUCCACCAGGCAGUGUGAAAAUGCCUAAUGUACCCAAUACACAGCCAGCAAUAAUGAAACCAACAGAGGAACACCCAGCUUAUACACAGAUCGCAAAGGAGCAUGCCUUGGCUCAAGCUGAACUUCUUAAGCGCCAAGAAGAACUAGAAAGAAAAGCUGCAGAGUUAGAUCGCCGAGAACGAGAAAUGCAGAACCUCAGUCAACAUGGGAGAAAAAAUAAUUGGCCACCUCUUCCUAGCAAUUUUCCUGUGGGACCUUGUUUCUAUCAAGAUUUUUCUGUAGACAUUCCUGUAGAAUUCCAAAAGACAGUAAAGCUUAUGUACUACUUAUGGAUGUUCCAUGCUGUAACGCUGUUCCUAAAUAUCUUCGGCUGCUUGGCUUGGUUUUGUGUUGACUCUACAAGAGCAGUUGACUUUGGAUUGAGUAUCCUGUGGUUCUUACUCUUUACUCCUUGUUCAUUUGUCUGUUGGUACAGACCGCUUUAUGGAGCUUUCAGGAGUGACAGUUCAUUCAGAUUCUUUGUGUUCUUCUUCGUCUACAUUUGUCAGUUUGCUGUCCAUGUGCUCCAGGCUGCAGGAUUUCAUAACUGGGGGAACUGUGGUUGGAUUUCAUCCCUCACUGGUCUCAACAGAAACAUUCCCGUUGGAAUCAUGAUGAUAAUCAUCGCAGCACUCUUCACAGCGUCAGCAGUCAUCUCACUAGUUAUGUUUAAAAAAGUACAUGGACUGUAUCGCACAACAGGUGCUAGUUUUGAGAAGGCCCAGCAAGAGUUUGCAACAGGAGUGAUGUCCAACAAAACUGUCCAGACUGCAGCUGCAAAUGCAGCUUCAACGGCAGCAACCAGCGCAGCUCAGAAUGCUUUCAAGGGUAACCAGAUGUAGAAAACCUCCCAGCAGUCCACUGUUACCUUUUGACUGUACUUUUUUCUCCAGUUACUGUAUUCUACAGAUAUUUUUAUGUUGGAAACACACAGUACACAACAGCAUGGGUAUUUCCUAUUCACAAGUGCAUGGUCUAAAACCAGAGAAACUUCGUCAUCUUAUUACUUUGCCUAAUAGUUUCUUAAUAUUUCCAUGCCCCUCACAGAAGAAAAUAUUACAUGCUAAAUAAAAUAUUCUCCAUAUUUCUGGGGGAUGAUGUUCUGCAGAUUAUUUCAGUGGUAACACACUGAAAUUAACAUGUGACUUAUGAUUUAAAAAUCACCCAAUACUAACUAUAGUAGUUCUUCCAAGAAUCUAGAGAUAAGGAUUAUACAUUGGAAAUUAAACCAUGUUUGUUUCUUUUUUCUCUGUUAAUAUUGAAAGAGUGAGGCCAUCAGAGACUUGCAGAUUUUUAAAUUGGCUUGCUUUCUAUCAGGUUCCAUCACCAGUGAAGAGCCUGUGUGCUUUGCAGUAGAUAAUGUAUAUUUUAUCUUCUUUUCAUUUUAUUUUAGACUAGCUGAUAUUUUGAUAACGAUCUCUGAUCUUGCAUGGGCACCAUGUUUCUUAAGUGAAACGAAUUAGUAUUUUGGGUUCUGUACUGCUGAUAGUUGUAGGAACUGGGGUUGUUUAUAGAAUCAGAAGUGAUUUUUCUGUAAUAGUUUCUUUUAAGUAAAAAUUUAUCAGAGUAUAAAGACUUUAAUAUAACGUGCAGUGCAUUAUCCAAAAAGAGAGGGUAGGUAAUUGAUACAAUAGAAUAUAGUGACAAUAAUUCAUUUUUCCCCCUCUUAAUUUUCAGUAUUCAUAUAGUAAAAUUUUACUGUAUGGAAACAUUGGUAUAUUCUUGUGGCUAAUCUUUUUAAUUGAACUGGGAUUAUGUUUGGCAGCUUACGUGUGUGUGUGUGUAUGUGUGUGUGUGUGUGUGUGUGUGUGUGUGUGUGUGUGUGUGUGUUUAAUUCUGAUAGGUACUACAGGCUAGCCUAACCCUUGAAUAGAAAGAACAUACAGUAUUUAAGGGAUUUUUCAUUUAGCCCCUCAUUUUAGUCGAAUUAAAAUAAAAAGGCCCUAGCAUUUCUAAUAUACUUGAAUUCUUAAUGCACCCCAUCUUUCACUUUUUGAGACAGACUAAAGAGGAAAACAAAUUGUACCAAAUAAGAAAAUACAAAGUUAAAUGCAUUAAUUAUCAAUGUAAUGAGAUUGAAAUGGUUUCUAUGUAGUGCAGACCUUCAUUCUUAUGGUAUAUGUGGAUUCAAACUUUUUUUUUUUGUCUUUUUGAGACAGGGUCUCCUGUAGCCCCAGCUGGUCUGUAGCUCACUAUGUAGAACAGGCUGGCCUUGAAUUCACAGAGAUCUGCCUGCCUCUGCCUCCCAAGUGCUGGGAUUAAAGGCGUGUGCCACCGAACUUGGUGGAUUCAAACUUUUAAUAGUGAUUAGAUGACUCAAGAACAUUUGUAAAUCAGACUAUUGUGUUUUGAAAGUCUUUUGCUAAUUUUAGAUUGUGAAAUGAUAGGCUGUGACUUAUUGAAGUUGAUUUUUAGGUAAGGAUGGUCUACUAGAUUAUAUUAUCUGGGAUGGAAUAUCUUUUUUAAAUGAUCUAAAUGGUUAAGUUACCUUGUUCUUUUUCCCAAAUCUGAAGUCAGAGGGAAUUUCAUGCUGGGGUUGGGUGCCAAGUUUUUAGGGUUUAUGCAGAAACUCUGUGUUGUAACACAUCUACUCAGAUGGUGUUUACGUUUGAUUUCUUUGGGAAUUUACUGAGUAAUAUAGUUAGAAGAUAUUUCUUUUAUUCUGAAGAAAGGACUCAAUACAGGAAUUUAAAGUUGUUUUUGUAAAUUCUUCUGAUCAGUGAUAAUCUCUACCCAUUUCUCAAGCAGCUCAGCAGUUCUAGGUUUUGAUCCUAAAGUCUUAAUGAAAGCCUCUUUCAUCCCAUACUUUACUGAGUAUGGAUUUUACAGAAAUUGAAAGCAUUAACCAUGGAUUACAAGAGAUUCAGAUCCACCAUUUCUUUUCCAAAUCUAUUUUUUCCUCUAAAGUACAAUUAAUAGAUACAUCAGAGAUUAAAAAAAAUAUUAAUAUACUUUCCCUCAAAAACGAGAGAGGAGUGCUUUCUCUUUGUUUAUGUAAAAGUAUCUAAAGGUAGUGUCAUUAAAUGGCAAAGAGUAAUUGAAACCCAUGGCAUGCAUUUGUGUGUGUGAAGAAAAUGCUGUUUUACAAUCCAGUUGUUUGGGUUUGUUCAAGUUUGAGAGAGAUUAUGUUGCUUGAAAACAUAAAUGCGCAUUAAAAUGAUGUCAAUGCCUACAGUUUGAUCAGUAUGAAAGCAACCUUAAAUUCCUGUAUUUAUUAUUCUUUAACAACAGUCAAUAGUGCAUUUUUAUUCAGUGAAAGUGUGUUAGUGCUUUCUACAUAAUGCCAGUAUUACUUGGCAUCACGGUCAUGAAACAGACUUCAUAUAGAACAGACAUCCACGUCACUCCUCAGUUUGUGAUACUCACUUGUGGCUAUUUUAUUUCAAACUAAGGUCUGAACACUGGAAAAAUCAUUGCCCGGUGAUUUGUGAUUUGGGGCUUGGACUAUUUAUCUAGGGAUGUUUGUAUAUUUUGUUGGCAAUAUUGCGCUGCCCUCACAGCGAUUGUCUCGGUUCUGUGUAAAUGCCCUCCAUGUGUCCCUCAAAUGUUGCAUGUUUUUAGUGGUUUGGAAGUUUUGUAUAUUUAUUGUAUUAAUGCAGAGUGUCAUAAAAUAAAAUACUGUUUACUGGA